UUAUUGUUGUUUAAUAGUCCUAUUUUUGGCCCCGUCACCAAGAAGUUUACUUUCGAAACUAUGAAACGCCUAUUUAUAGAAUUUUGAUUUGACUCCUGUUGAUCUGACACUGGAUUUCACAGAGAACAAUAAUUAUUCCUGCAAUGAUAAAAUUGGCAGGAUGCCCCUAUUCAGAGAUGAGUGCUGACUGAGGGAGGAAAGAUUAUUCUUUUCACUGUUUCGGAAAAAUUUCAUAAAACUCAUUGAUAAAUGAAGUUCAAUCUUUAUCACAUUCAUAAGUGAAGCGAUGCUUUCCGAAGUGAUUGCCGGUUUGUUAGCACUUAUUGUAGAAAACUGCACAGGGGUGACCCUACUGAAAAAAUCCCACUCUAGAGAAGAACUAGAAGACAAAGAAAGCAGUUUAAUCCGAGUUGAAAUCGAAGAAACACUACACGAUUUUAAGAGGUUUGAUCCAAACGAUGUGACCUUCCGAGAAUAUGACCCACCUGUAGACCAAGAGCAAGACCCACAGGCUUGGAGGAAAAACGUUGCUUCUCUCAAAGAAAUCAUUUUGAAGAGCAUUGGAAAUGUUUUUGUGAUUCAGGCAGUAUGUGGAUUGUGUAUUGGAUUACUGGCGAUCAUUUUUGUCUGGAUUCAGAUGAAUACUGCUUUUGUGUGCUAUUUUCAAAAUUAUCAAGUGCCACAUAAGAUAUUAGCAAUCAAAGUAACUACACAUGCAGUCGAAGGUUUCCUGAUCGAACUGUCUCACUCUUUUGUUCUUGCGACUGUAUUUUCCUGGCAGCAGUUGAAAAGUCUGUACAUUCCUUUCAUAACCAUUGUCGUUGGACUUCUCGACUUUGUAUACGAAAUAUCGAUGUUUGCGGUUGGUCUUUGGGGUGGUAUUUGGGUAAACUUCCCUUUGUAUUUUUUAUUUACUGUAAUGAUUGUGACUAAUAGUACAAUUCUUGCUCGACACUACAGAUCUUUUCCAUCCAAAUGGAUAAAAACCAUGGCAUUGUCGUUCACCUUCUGCGCACAAUUUUUCUUUUGCGUAUCUCUCAUAGUUUUCUACUGCCACACGUUCUGGCCUUGGUAUUAUAAACAAACUACAUACACUAAAGUCAUUACUGCAGCUUUGUCUCCUUUGAUAACAUAUUUCCCAAAACUGGUUUGCCGCCUUGCCGCGCAAAAGCUAAGUGACGUCCAUCCAGGAAGUGCCCAUGCUUUUGUCGACGUUAUCUAUGGAGGAAGCGCUAUGGUUUAUCGAGUUAUGCAAGCUGAAUUGUCUUCGUUUGCAUUAUUUGCUAUACUUGGGGUAAUACACGGCUUCCUGGACUUGUUGGAAAGGCUUACAGCGACCAUGAGAGAUCAUAUCUGGGAAUAUUUGUAUCGGUUACUAAGAUGUAAAAGAAAGCGAAUGUCCAAAUAUCGAUCUCCAAGAAGCCGMCGGUUUGUUGCUGACAUGAGCAUUCAGAUAUUGUUACAAGAAGGAGCUGGCCUUGUGGUAUCUCUUGGUAUUAUACACCU